AUGGAUAUUAACAGUAUCUGUGGAUGCGUGUCCGGCUAUCGUAAAAUAAAGCGCGCCUCGAGUCUUGGGACAGGACGAGAGCAGCGAAAGUUACGGAAGAAUGGAGGUUCUAUGCACAUAUACGACAAAAUGGGAGAGCUUUCCGCAAAACCUACUCAUGGCCGUAAAAUGGGUUAUCAUCAUCCACACGGUGCACCAUCGAGAGUACUGAACUGUGAGACGGGAACAUCGGCGAAGUGGAGUGGAACGAUAUGCUGCGGCCGCAGAUACGGCUCCGGUACUCCUCUAAUAUCUGGCCGAAGGGCAUUAACAAGUGUGCAGGAUGGUAUGGUUAUUCUGGGCGCUGGUUACUGA